UAUAUAAAACCUAGGCAUCCGACAUCAUCGUCGUCGCUUAGCAGCAGCCGCCAUCGUCGUCACCACCUUGCAGCAACUGAAAUCACCGCCGCCUAGCAGCAACUGACGUCGUUGCCGCCACUUAACAGUAGCCAACAUCGUCGUCGCCCUCAAUAGCUUCCAGCUACAUCCUUCGUCGUAGACCUCCUCUGACGUCACUACCUCGUUUCUCCGUUUCUAUUUUCGGUAAAAGAAUGAAUAGAGUUCCAAUCAGCCUCAACAUUUACAGCUUUGCCAAUCAAUAUUUCAACAAUCGGGCAGCAUAUAGCCUUAUCAGUUGAUCAAUCUUUGCACAACAAACAGGACAACCCCAAAUCUUGGCCUUGAUUUAGUUCAGACAACCAGCCAUAUGGCCACAUGGGAUGCGAGCUCCUUCCACGGAAGCAUCCAAGCAUAUUGCACAAAAUAAGCUACUGGUAUGGUCAUGGCUGUAGAAGAUGAAGUGGUGGGUGCUCUAAAGAAAUCAGAAAAGUCUAAGAAAAGGAAAGAGAGGAACAAUGAUAUGUUAGCUGCCAAUCCUGUUUAUAUUGUGAAAGAUGUGGGAGUUAAGGGAGAUAAAAGCUUUGAGGAAGAGACAAAAAUGAAGAGUGAUAAUGAAGGUGUUGAAAGAAUGAAGAAAAAGAAGAAAUCUGCAGGAGAUAAUAAAAGGGGAGCACUUAUGGAGGAUGCUAAUGGGAUUACUGUUGAGAAAGCAGCAAAGAAAAAAAGGAAAAGAGAAGUCCAAAGCAAAAACAAUGAGUCCCAAGAUACUGCAAAUGAUGUUUCUGUAGACAAUGGAGAUUAUGUAAAUUCAACUGCAACUGAGAUGCUUGAAAGCAAAAGCAAACAUGAAAAGAUGGCACGAACAAUCACUGACAGUUGCACUGAGGGUAAAAUGGACAAGGUUAAAUGGAAGAAUAAAAACAUGAAGGAAAAGGGAGAGGAUGACCAAGGAUCAGUAGAUGUGGCUACAGGUCUUACAUGUGCUGAAGGCAUUGCAGAUUUUAGUGUAAAUGUAACACAGGCUAGUGGAGUGGGAAAUGAUAAUAUUAGUCGGAAACAGGUCAAAGAUAGUUCUAAAGAUCCAAAACGGAAAAAUAGCAAGAAGAAAGUGAUAUUUUCCAAUGAGUUGAAGGUAUCUCCCAAGUCUAAUGUUCCUCAGAGUGGGAAAGGUCAAAAUAAAGUAGUGGAGUUGAUUCGAGGUAAGCGGUUCUCUAAAAUAGAAGAUGAGAUAGUUAAACAAGCCGUUUUCAAGUACAUAGAGGCAUAUAAUUUAGGCGAGGAAGGUUUGGAUAUGGUUUUAAAUUGUAGAUCUCACCCUGAAGUAAAAAACUGCUGGAAGGAAAUAGGAGCUGCCAUACGAAAUAGGCCUUACCUUUCAGUCUAUCAUCGUGCUCAAAUAUUAUUUCGACGAUCUGAAAGCAAUAAAUGGUCUGAAGAAGAAAAAGCUUUAAUACUGGAGUACGUGAAAUUAAAUGGGAAUGAGUGGAAAACACUUGCUGACAAGCUUGGCAGUCAUAAGAUUCAUGUGAGGGAUACAUGGCGCAGGAUAUACUUACCUAACUUGAAGAAAGGGCCCUGGUCUCAGGAUGAGUACCAGAACUUAUUUGAUUUUGUGAACUCUGAUCUGCAAUUGAGGAUACUUAAAGAGAAGAGAUCCAGGCAUGGCAUGCUACGGGAUAACAUCAGUUUUACAGCAAUUAGUAAUAAGUUGUCCACACGUACUUGUGGAAAAUGUUGUUCGAAGUGGUACAGUCACUUAUCAUCACCUAUGGUAGCUGAAGGUAUAUGGUCUGAUUCUGAUGAUUAUCGCCUAAUUGGUGCACUUUAUACCUUGGAUGCAACCUGCAUAGAAAAUGUGGACUGGGAUAAUCUGCUGGAACAUAGGCCCGGAGAAUUAUGUCUGAAGCGGUGGAAGCAAAUGGUUCUUCUCAUAGGGAACCAUGGGAGCAAACCCUUUUCAGAACAAGUUGAAGUCCUAGCCAAAAGAUACUGUCCCUCUUUAAUUGAAGUAAGGGAGGCCUGGGAUAGCAAGCCUGUGGUACCAUGAUGCAAUGUUUUUUCC